AUGGACAUGAAGGAAGCCCGGGCUUACAAGGCUUCUGCGAGGAGCAUGGAGGCUCCCAUUGCCACGACUUCAACAACACCAGCAACUAUGGCUGUUCCAUCAAACCCUCCAACAGUGCCAAUGAGGGAGGAAUAUCUCAAAGAUCCUACACCCAAGAUGACACCAGAUCCUAGAAGCAGGGACACCAAGCAAUUUUGUCUUUACCAUCAGGAUCACGGGCACCUUACCAGUGAUUAUGGAAUCCUCAAGAGGGAUAUAGAGGAUCUGAUUGAGAGGGGAUACUUGAGAAAUCUCACUUCCUGGAGAGAUCGCAAUGAUACUUCCCUAACCAGAAAUGAUAGGAGAUCCCGCUCGCGAUCACUUCGGCCUCGACCUCAAAUAGACGAGCGACCCCUAGAGACUACUCAUAAAGGAGUCAUCAAUGUAAUAAGUGGUGGUCCUACAAUUACGGGGUCAUCCAAUAAUGAGCGAAAGAGAUAUGCUAGAAGAACGCUGCAAGUUGACCAUAAUUCCAAGAAGACGAAGACAGAAGAGCUCAUAUCUUUUAGCGAUGAUGACCUACAGGGUGUUGAGACACCCCAUGAUGAUCCUCUUGUUAUCACUGUAGUCAUUAAUGGUUAUCAGGUGAAAAGAUUUAUGGUCAACACCAUAAGUUUGAUGGACGUCUUAUAUACCAGUGCCUUCAAUUAG